UAACAGAGUCAUAAACCAAGGUCCAUGUGAUAAAGUGGUGAGGCGCCUACCAUGCUCCGUUAGUAUGUGCUAUAUGCAUGCAUGAUCACAUACACUUGGGAAAUUUAUAUUGCAUAUGCCAUGGAAUCAAUCAACUACGUCGCUAAACUCAAUGAGUUUGUGCAGAAAAGUGGCAUUGAGAUGAAAUACGAAGACAUGGGUUCCGAAGGUCCUGCUCAUAUUAAAACGUUUACUCAAAGGGUGAUAUCAAACGGCAAACCAUACCCAGAGGGCGUUGGAAAAAACAAGAAGGAGGCCCGGCAAAAUGCAGCCAAACACGCUUUAGAGAGCGUUUUAGGGACGGACUCAGACCACUCCCAUGUCUCGGGACGGUCCGUGAGGGACACUACAGAGCCAAUUAAUCCGUCAAAGCUCACCCAACCCAACUACACGUGCUGGCUCAAUGAGCACAGUCAGAAGAACCGGGUUCCCAUAAGGGCACUGGAGUCCACCGCGGUGGAACUGGGCCACGCUAAACCAUGUUGCAAGUUUGUGCUUGACGGUACGGAAUACCCGUCUGGCUCUGGGAGAACGAAGAAAGAAGCAAAGGAGGAAGCAGCCAGGCUUGUAUAUGAGGAGAUAUGUAGAAAUACACCAUCAAAUACCGUAGAUCACGUUAGCAGUGUUGAGCCAACGAGUCCUCAAACAAAUGAAUUGAAUCAAGACAUGUCAGAGGCCAUUGUUUCACUUGCAAACAUGGAGGUGAGCAUCGGAGAGCAUUCUGGCUUGAGUGAGCCUAAUUACAUAGGACUGCUCAACCAGCAUUGUCAGAAGAAUAUGUGCCAAGUGGUCUUUUCAUUGGUGAGAAGAUCUGGUUCUGCACACUGCCCUCAGUUUUUCUACAGGGUGGUUAUUGACGGUAAGGAGUUCCCUGAAGUCGAGGGGAAGACUCUAAAGGAGGCCAAAAAAAGGGCAGCAAAGGAGGCCUGGUCUGUGCUCCAAGAGUCGUCAGACUGGGACAGCAAGGCAUCUGGGAAGUCCGCCAAAUCAGAAGAGAAUGGCACAUCUAAUAAAGCAACAUCAGAAGUGGCUACCUCUUCAUCAGAUAAAUUGAUUCAGUUCAAAGAACCUUCCAAGGAAGAAAAAUUGUGUAGCAAGAAUAAAAUUAAACUUCCAGCAAAAAUCAACAUUGCCCAAAAAGAACCAACCAAUACACCAACAAGUCCAACUACUUCUUCUAGGUUCUUAAAAGAUUACGACCAUAUUGAGCCAAUUGGGGAUGGGGGCUUUGGUCAAGUUUACAAGGCCAGGGUGAAACUCUUGGAUAAGUAUUACGCGGUCAAGAUAGUGACCAAUAAAGAGAAAGCUUUGCGUGAGGCAGCGAUAUUAGCAGAUCUACAGCAUCCUAAUAUCGUUCGAUAUUACACCUCCUGGAUUGAGGAUUUGCACUACAAGCCUCCCAAAGGUGAACAUUCCAGCACUUCCCAGUCAAGCAGCGAUACGUCCGGGACUUUCCUGUACAUCCAAAUGGAGCUGUGUGAAAUGAAGGAUCUUGAGGCGUGGAUAAUUGAGAAGAACUCAUUGCAUCAGGAUCCCACUCGGGGGAAGGAGAGUUUAGACAUCAUGAAGAAGACGAUAUGUGGUGUGGAAUACAUCCACUCCAAGAAUCUAGUCCACAGAGACCUAAAGCCCUCCAACAUUAUGGUUGGAUCGAAGGGAGAGGUGAAGAUCGUGGAUUUUGGUCUGGUAACGGCGGAAAGGGACGAGGAAGGCAAUGUGAUGGAGAAAACGAUGCGCACGGGCACUAGGUCGUUUAUGGCCCCUGAACAAAGUAACAAAAACGUAUACGACCAAAAGGUGGAUAUAUUUGCGUCAGGCUUGGUAUAUUUCUUGAUGCUGUGGAAUAUCUCCCGUCAGGAAAGGAGGGAAAUGUUGUGCGGCAUCAAAAAACAAAUAUUUCCAGCAGAAUUUACAAAGUCAUUUCCUGAAGAGCAAGAUCUAAUUGCAUCGAUGCUACAUAAAAAUCCCAAAUCCCGACCCUCUGCUGAGAAGAUAAAGGCUAAGCUGGAGGGGUCGGAUAGUUCUACAGGGAGUCCUAGAACGAUCUGACCCAAGUGGACGGACGAGGGGAAGGAGGUGUUGGGACCAAUGACCAUCUAACAUUUUUAAUCGAUUUUUAACAUGCACUAUGUAACUUUGUCACUGCAGCCAUGACUUCUGUUGAGGAAGGUAUUCAUCGGAGCAGGAAAUCGGUGUUGUGUUUGGUUUGCGGUUGUUAAAUGGGCCUGCUGUAGCUCUACGUUAUAAGACACUUAUAUAUUUUUUUUCGACUUUUACGAUGUAA